GCGGAGCUUGUGCCACGAGGAAUGGCGGCCAGGGCGGAAGCGGAGUCCGAAGCCGGUGCCGCUGUUGAGUCUCCGGCCGCCUUGUCUCAGGGGGCGGCGCUGGUGGAGUCCAACUUCCAGCUUGCUCCGUCUGCGCGGAAGGCUCGUCCUUCGGACUUGGUGGCUCUAGCAGAGCAGGUGCAGAAGGUGAGUGAGGAGGGUGCCUCUGAGAGCGUGCAGAGCGCCUGUGUUUGAUGAGCCUCCGGGCACGUGCAGAGUGGGUUUUUGUUGUUGUUUAUUAAUGCCUGAUUGAAUGUUCGGUGGUUGUUCCGUGGGCCUUGGCAAUGGUGGCCUCUGGAUGACAGCUAGGGUGAGCAUGUCAGCGUGUCCCCCAAACUGCAUUUGCCGGUUUCGUGUAGUGUUUAGAAUGCUGGACUUGGACCUGGGACACCGGGGUUCACAUCCCCAUUAGGCCACGAAGCUCUCACAGGGUGACCUUAGGGCAGUCACUGCCUCUCAGCCUAACCUACCUCACAAGGUUGUUGUGGGGAUUAAACUAGGAGGGGGAGAACCAUGAACUCUACAGCAGCCACGAAAUUAGAAGAUGCCUGCUUCUUGGGAGAAAAGCAAUGACAAACCUAGACAGCAUCUUAAAAAGCAGAGACAUCACCUUGCCAACAAAGGUCCGUAUAGUAAAAGCUAUGGUUUUCCCAGUAGUGCUGUAUGGAAGUGAGAGCUGGACCAUAAAGAAGGCUGAUCGCCGAAGAAUUGAUGCUUUUGAAUUAUGGUGUUGGAGGAGACUCUUGAGAGUCCCAUGGACUGCAAGAAGAUCAAACCUCUCCAUUCUGAAGGAAAUCAGCCCUGAGUGCUCACUGGAAGGACAGAUCCUGAAGCUGAGGCUCCAAUACUUUGGCCACCUCAUGAGAAGAGAAGACUCCCUGGAAAAGACCCUGAUGUUGGGAAAGAUGGAAGGCACAAGGAGAAGGGGAUGACAGAGGACGAGAUGGUUGGAUAGUGUUCUCGAAGCUACCAGCAUGAGUUUGACCAAACUGCGGGAGGCAGCAGAAGACAGGAGUGCCUGGCGUGCUCUGGUCCAUGGGGUCACGAAGAGUCAGAUACGAAUAAACGAAUAAACAACAACAACAAAAUAAAUAGGGUCAUUACUGCUACUCACAUAUGUCAAAAUGUUUGAGCACACUAAUGUUGGUUACAACCCUGAGUACACACCUUGAAAUUAAUGGCCAGGACUUAACUUAUUUCCAUUAAUUUCAUUGGGUCUUCACUGAUUUAAAGUGGAUUAUUAUUGUUCAUUUAUGAAUGCCCUUCCGCGCAAAUGUCUCAAAGUGCUGUACAAAAGCCACCCUUUAACUUUUGUUGUUAUAUGGAGACUCAGACUUCCAAUCUCCUUUAAAAAAUAUUCCUGUUUCUGUUCUUUUCUACAGGCCGAUGAUUUCACCCGAGCAAAUGCCUGCAACAGACUGACCGUCAUAGCAGAACAAAUCCGGUACUUGCAGGAACAAGCCAGAAAGGUAAGUGUAGGGAGGGGUAGAACUCCGUUAUUAAAAGCUUGCACAGUUCUAAAAUAAUGUACCCUAAAGAGAUUUUUUUCUCUACUUCUGUUUUCUCUACUUCUGUUUUUACUUACCUGUUUUAUCCUCACAGCAACCGCAUCUCUAACCACUACAGCACACUAGCCAAUUGGCUGAUUUGCUGGCGCCUUCAAAGCCAAAUGCAAAGAGGUCCACAAGAUCUCUGCAGGCAAAAAGAGUCCCCUGAAGUGAUUGCCUGGGUGAUGGGCCAUUAAGGGGGAACAAAGGAAAAGGACUCUGUGUGAGAUGGCAAAUGUGUGGGCCCCCUUCCCCAGCACAGGCUAGUUAGAAGGACAAAGCCAGAAUUUAGAGUUGAAAGUUGCAGUGAUGUGAUUUGGGAGGAAAGCAGCAAGCUUGAGAGAAAGAGCAAUAUUUCAUAGAAUCAAAGAAUUGUAGAGUUAGAAGGGACUUUGAAGACCACCCUGCAAUGCAGGAAUAUGCAGGUGUCUCAUAUUGGGAUCGAACCUGUAACCUUGGCGUUAUCAGCGCCACAUUCUAGCCAACUGUUUGUAUCCAAGACUCUUUUGGGGUGUUGAUGCGUGCGCUCUCUCUCUCUCUCUCUCUCUCUCUCUCUCUCUCUGGUGUUUUAGGUUUUGGAAGAGGCGAACAGAGAUGCUGAUCUGCACCACGUUGCCUGCAACUUUGUGAAAAAGCCGGGCAAUGUCUACUACCUGUACAGGCGGGAUAGUGGCCAGCGCUACUUCUCCAUGCUUUCUCCUAAGGUACUGAGCCCUUCUUUUAAAAGGGUUUUGAGUUUAGAGAAAAGGCAAGUAAGAGGCUCGUAAAAAUAAUGCCUGAUGUGGAGAAAAUGAACAGAGGAAAGCUCCCCCCACCCCGUAAGACUAGAACUGAUGAAAAUCCAAUGAAGCUGAAUGUUGGAAGACAGAUAAAAGAAAGUACUUACUCACAAUGAGUCUAUAGGUAAUCUAUGGAACUCAUUUCCACAGGAGGCAGCAAUGGCCAUCUGCUUGGAUCGCUUUAAACAUGGAUUAGACAAAUUCAUGGAGGGCAGUGGCUACUAACCCUGAUGACUAUGUUCUACUUCCACUGUCGGAGACUUCUGAGUGCCAUUUUCUGGAAACUGCAGGAGGGGAGGGUUGCAACUGCGCCCAGCUCCCGCUUGUGUGCUUCAUAAGAGACAUUUGCUUGGCCACUGUGAGAACAGGGUGCUGGAUUAGAUGGACCACUGGCCUGACUCUCUUUACAGAUUGUGUCGGAAUAAGAAAAAAAGUAUCUUGUUUGUAUUGUACUAGCAAAAUGCUUAGCAUCACUUUGUAGCAAUGCAGAUCUGUCUGCUUACAGAACGUCCCAAUUCCAGCCCCUGGCUUCUCCAGGUGAUUGAGAAAGACUUCUUGCCUGAGGCUCUGGAGACUAUGGCCUGUAGCCCUUUAGAUUUUACUGUACUUUUGCUUCCAACAUCCCUGACCACUGGGCAUGGUGGCUCAGGGCUGGUGGGAUCUGGAAGUCCAGCAAUGUCUGUAGGAACUCAGGUUCCCAAUCCCAGCUGGAGACCUUAGACCCUGGAGAACUGCUAUCAUUCAGAGUAGGAUAUGCUGGGACCAGUGUACUUAGAGAAGGCUGCUUUAGGGGUCGGCCAACAUGCUUGUCAUAGCAUAGUGCAGGGUUCUUCAGGCUUGCACCCCAGAUGUUUGUGGGCUCCCAGAUCACAAUCAUCGCCAGCCAGUGUUCAGGGGUGAUGGGCGCUGUGGUCCAACACUAAGGACCCAAGCCUGAAGGACACUGGCCUACUCGUAGAGAGCAUCUGUUUUGCAUGCCAAUUUUCAGUGAUUUGGUGCUCCAUCAAGAGCACAGUGUAGACACUUUCUGCUGGCAUUCUGGGGACUUGAUAAGUGUUUCUUUCCUUCUCUCUCUCUCCCCCCCCCCCUUUCAUAGGAAUGGGGGACCAGCUGCCCAAGCGAGUUCCUUGGUGCCUACAAACUGCAGCACGACAUGUCCUGGACUCCUUCGGAUGACAUUGAGAAGCGCGACGCUGAGCUCAACGUUCUCGAGAAGCUGCUAAACCAGCAAGCGGCGCUACCCCCCUGCAGCGAGCCCAACUUCCGAGGCCUUACUAUGUAAUGGUGGACCUAGACCAACUCCUCCUCCCAACUUGGUGCCUUCCACACACUUUGGGCCACAAUUCCCAUCACUUCCAGCAUUGUUAUUGUUUUUUUGGACUACAACUCCCAUCAGUCCCAGCCAGUUCUACUUUCUGGUGCUGAUGGAACUUGUAGUCCAAUAUAUCUGCAGUGCCCCAGGUUAAAGGAGCACAUGGAAGGCUGUAGCUGCAUACCAGGUCAAUCUUACUGCUGAACAAGGAGGCUCCACCCCAAUAUCAUCAUGACUAAUUAAAACAAAACCAAGAAACCACAGAAGAAUUAUCCUGCUAUAUCAGGGAUGGACAGAAGACAGAUCAGGAUCUGCUGGGAGAUCUGCAAUAGCUCAAGAGGUUCUGACUCCUUAAUUUAUUUACAGUGAAUGCAAAUAAGCUAUCCUCUGAACAGAUCUGAUGAAAUUAAUAGCAAAUCUAUUGAAACUAAUAUUCCAGUAUUAUCAAGAGAACUCUUGGGUUGUAUCCAACUAAAUCCUAUUCAGAGCUAUGUUCAUCUUCUUCCAUGGGUCUGCUCUGAGUAGGACUAGCAUUGGCUACAACUCUAUGACUCCAAGGUCUUUUUUCCUAGUCAGUUGCUUCUAGUUUGGAUCCUGUCAGGGUCUGACUUUAGAGGCGAUGAUCUGAACUGGAGGGCAAUCUUGCAGCGCAGGGUUAAAACAGGGGAAUUCAUUCCAAUGGGAGGCAGUGAUGGUCACAACUUGGAUGGCUUUAAAAGAGGAUUGGACAAAUUCAUGGAGGGAGAAGGCUAUCGGUCGCAACUACCUAUGAUUUCUAUGCUCUGCUGCCACAGUUGGAGGCAGCAACACUAGUUGCUGGAAACUGCAGGAGAGGCGAGUGCACCUUUUCUCGAUUCUAGAAUCUGGGUGGUAACUGUGGGGACAGGACGCUGGACUAGCUGGGCCACUGGCCUGAUCCAGCAAGGCUGUUAGCUCUAUACAUAAGGCUGCUGUAGUGAGUGAUUCCUCCUACAGAACAUUUGGCUGUUGUUCAAAGAGGGAACACAAUUAUGUUGUUCUUUUUGAACUAAGAAGUUCAAACUGUGAUGAUGCUUGGUGUUUUUCCCUCAAUUAAAAACAAAUGCUUGC